GGCGUCUGUUGUCAAAAGAGAAAAGAUGGCGUCUGUAUCAGAAAUGUACGAUGUGGGCUGGGAAGAGAUGAGAGACAAGCUGCGCAAAUGGAGAGAAGAUAACUGCAGAAAUAGUGAACAAAUUGUUGAUGUUGGUGAAGAGCUCAUCAGUGAUCAUGGAUCUAAACUGGGAGAUGACAUUUGGAUUAUUUAUGAGCAGGUGAUGAUUGCAGCGCUGGACUGCAGUCGGGAUGACUUGGCUCUGACCUGUCUGCAGGAACUGAGGAAGCAGUUUCCAGAUAGCCACAGAGUGAAGCGAUUAUCGGGCAUGAGGCUGGAAGCUUUGGAAAGAUACGACGAGGCCAGCAAGCAUUACGAUGCCAUUCUCCAAGACGACCCCACCAACACGGCAGCGAGGAAGCGAAAGAUCUCCAUACUGAAGGCCCAGGGGAAGAGCGCCGAAGCCAUCCGGGAGCUCAAUGAGUAUCUGGAGCAGUUUGUUGCGGACCAAGAGGCAUGGCAUGAGUUGUCGGAACUCUACAUCAACGAACACGACUAUGGAAAAGCCGCGUUUUGCCUGGAGGAGCUGAUGAUGACCAAUCCUCACAAUCACUUGUACUGUGAGCAGUACGCUGAGGUGAAAUACACUCAGGGGGGGCUGGAAAACCUGGAGCUGUCCAGAAAGUAUUUCGCCCAGGCGCUGAGGCUGAACAACCGAAACAUGAGGGCAUUGUUUGGUCUGUACAUGUCUGCAAGUCACAUCGCUGCAAGUCCAAAAGUUAGUGCCAAGGUGAAGAAGGACAAUAUGAAGUACGCCGCCUGGGCUGCCACUCAAAUAAACAGGGCCUAUAAGAUGGCUGGUCGCGGGACCAAGGAGAACAAAUGCUCCAUGAAGACGGUGGAGGAGAUGCUGGAGUCCAUGCAGAUCACCAUGUCCUAGACGCCCUUCCUCCUUCCCAGACUCGGAGCAACACGGCAACUCGAAUAGCCUUGCAAUGUGACCACCACCGGGUCUUUCUCUUUUCUUCCUCUAUUCCUUUUUAGUAUGUUUCUGUAAUUGAUUGGACUUGACACGGACAAUGGAAGACAUUUGUUUCCCUCAAGUGCAACAAUUUCCCCCACGCAUCUGGAACAGCAAAUUCCAAGUACUCCAAUUUAUUUAAACAAGCUAUACUUAGUAUUAACUCUGUAAUUUUCCAUCCCCAUCCCAUGUUUUCUUUUAGGUUCUAUCUCUUAACUGAUGUAAUCACAUCAAGGUUUUUAAACUACGUGACCAUGUGUAAGAAGCUGUACAGUAAAAGCUAUUUAUGAAGACAAUGUGGAGUCCCACCUGUCUGCACUGAGGUCCUUUACUGUUUCCUGAGCUAUCUGUAAAUGAAACAUCUUUAUCUAAUGAAACUUGUUUUGUCUAAUCUAUUAAAAUGUCUUAAUAAAAGUAGAAAUGAUUGCCAAUA